AAAAUAUUUUUUAUAUAAAAUAACAUAUUACUAUUGAACAAAACUAAAAAUUUACAAGAUGCAAGAUGAAUUACUAACUGUACUUCUCAGUCGCUUUCAAAAGAACAGUCAUAAAUUUAAAUAGUUUAAAAUUUGUUACAUAUGAUAAAAUUCAAAUACAAAUAUCUCAGUAAGCAAGUGUCAUUCACGAAGCGCACAAUCUGUUAUCAAUUUUUAAUACGAUUACGUGUUUUAUAAUAUUACUAUUAGUUUAUCAAAGAAAAACACUAGUAUAUAUGACACAGUAAUAUCGAUUUGAUAGAGUUGCGCUUUGGGAACUUUAAUGGUGUACUAAAAAACCAUGUCAUUUUAUUCAUAUCUUUAUGGAUAAAUUUAAUUUUAACUUUAUAGUCAAAAAUGAAACUCUCUAAUAACAUUAAAAUGAGUGGCCUGUCAGGAAAAGUUUUAUGUACAUUGAGUGUAAUAUUUAUUUUUACCAAUGCUCAUGAGAUUAUUCAUAAAAAUAAAAUAACUGUUGCAAGUGAUAAUCAAGUGGUUGACUAUGUGGAAUACAAUAUAGAUUUAGGUCGAUCUAAGCGUGAUGUGGUACAAAAUAUCUCGAGUUCAAGUGAGCCUCCAAUAACGUCGUCUACUACAAAUACCACUAUUAAUGUCUCAUCAGAGAGUCCCAAUAUAAUAUAUGAGGUUGGGCCAUCUAAUUCUUCAAUACUGUCAGUAGUCCAAGUAAAUGUGUCUUCAUCAGCUUCACCCAAUGCUUCAUCUAGUUCCUCAGACGUAGCUGCUCUCCCUGGGAAAAGCUCAGCAGAAGAUGAACAUAACAGCUCUAUGGCAAUUUUCUUUGUACUAUGUAUUUUGGCUCUUGGUAUAUUGCUGAUACACCUUAUGCUUCAAACUGGUUUUUCUUAUUUGCCUGAGAGUGUGGUAAUAGUAUUUUUAGGUGCUUUGAUAGGGAUGAUUAUUAAUUUAAUGUCUAUUAGAAACAUAGCAAAUUGGAGGAAAGAGGAGGCAUUUUCACCAACUGCCUUCUUUUUAGUUUUGUUGCCUCCUAUAAUAUUUGAAUCCGGCUACAAUCUUCAUAAGGGUAAUUUUUUCCAAAACAUAGUAUCAAUUUUAUUGUUUGCCAUUGUGGGCACUGCUAUAUCAGCAUUUGUUAUUGGGGCUGGAAUUUAUUUGUUGGGUUUAGCUCAAGUUGUUUAUAAGUUGAGUUUUGUAGAAUCCUUUGCAUUUGGAUCUCUUAUAUCUGCUGUUGAUCCAGUGGCAACUGUCGCUAUAUUCCAUGCUCUAGAUGUGGACCCAGUUUUAAACAUGUUGGUAUUUGGUGAGAGUAUAUUGAAUGAUGCGGUUGCUAUAGUACUGACAACAGCUGUCCUUGACUCAAAUGAUCCCGUCAUGUCCACAACAGAUGCCAUAUUGUCUGCCAUCAACCGGUUUUGGUUGAUGUUCUUUGCAUCAGCAGGAAUUGGAGUUCUAUUUGCCUUAAUUAGUGCACUUUUAUUAAAACAUGUUGAUUUACGGAAGAACCCAUCACUUGAAUUUGGAAUGAUGCUAGUCUUUACCUAUGCUCCAUAUGUUUUAGCUGAAGGAAUUAAUCUAUCGGGCAUUAUGGCGAUAUUGUUCUGUGGUAUUGUUAUGUCUCAUUACACACAUUUCAAUCUUUCGACUGUCACUCAAGUGACUAUGCAGCAAACAAUGAGAACUCUUGCAUUUAUUGCUGAAACCUGUGUGUUUGCUUACCUAGGACUUGCUAUAUUUAGUUUUCGACAUCGUGUGGAACCCGCUUUAGUGGUGUGGAGUAUAAUUCUAAGUUUGAUUGGUCGAGCCGCCAAUAUUUUUCCACUUGCUUUACUGUGCAAUAAAUUCCGCGAACACAAAAUAACUAAAAAAAUGAUGUUUAUAAUGUGGUUUAGUGGUCUGCGUGGCGCCAUCUCGUAUGCAUUAUCGCUCCAUCUUAAUUUCUCCGAUGAGACGCGCCAUGUUAUAAUUACGACUACCCUUAUAAUUGUGUUAUUUACAACUCUGUUCUUCGGUGGUUCAACUAUGCCGCUACUUAAAUUUUUGAGGGCUAACAAGAAAACCAAACGGCCGCGUUCGUUACGUAAACCCAAAGAAGUAAGUCUGUCGAAAACCAAAGAAUGGGGUCAGGCUAUCGACUCGGAACAUUUGUCUGAAAUCACCGAAGAAGAGCUAGAGGUAAAUUAUUCCCAUGCGACCAGGAUGAAAGGUUUCGUGCGCCUCGACUUGAAGUAUCUAACACCAUUUUUUACUCGACGAUUUACACACCAGGAAUUGAAAGAUUGCAAAAGUCAAAUGACAGAUCUGACCAACCAAUGGUACCAGGCGAUUAGGAUUUCCAACGACCAUGACACAGAUGAAGAAGAGCUACAGCAGAAUUCUUUAAAUAACUCACAGUCAAGCUUACAAAGAGUCAUUUAGAUGAAAGUUUAAUUUUAUUGCUUAAUAGUUCAAUAUCUGCACUUUAAAUAAGUCAAUAUAAAAUUCUUAGACUUUUUGGAGCUUAAAUGUAAUGUUUCUAGAUAUAUAUACAUAUAUUACUAUGUUAUCUGUAUUUUAUGACAUGUCACUGAGGCAGAUAUUAAAAGCAAUUUGCCUCUAUUAUUAAUUGACAAAAGUUGACUUGAAAGUAUUAUUUUUAUAAAUAGUUCUUACGGAUACAUGUCCUAUAGUCGGAAUAACACUCGGCUACCAGUGAUGCCAUACAUUAUUAUAUAGUUUUCGUAAUAUUUGCUUCUAGAAUGCUUUGUAUUUAAUAAUAUAGAUGUCUAUAAUAAAAUGAUAUUUCAUUCCUAGUUGUGAUGAUAAGUAGAAUUUAUGACCCUUUGCUGAAUAGUCAUCCAUGUGAUAGUUCAAGUUGUAUUAUUUUCAAGUACUUUAGUUAUAUAGUAGUGUGUAGUUAUGCACAAAAAUGGUUAGUACAUGUGGAAUUUAUUGGUUGUGUGAUAUUAAUUUAUGUACUUAAUUUAAGGUUUUAAAUAAUUCAUAUUUUAUUAUUUACUAAAGUAUAGUCUACUGCUUUCUGCAACAUUAUUUCUUAAGAGAAGCAGUGCUAAAUUUUUAUCCAAUAUGUGGCCAAAGGCUUCUAUUUAUAUCUAAGCUAUAUUUCAAAAAUAUAUUUUGUGUGAUUUGUAUAUUUCUAUGCAUUAUUACAACAGAGGAAAAUUUAAAAAAAUAAAUAACUUAUU